AAUGCUUUGUCUUCUCUAACCUCUUGAAUCUGGAUCACCGGAACUUCAUCUCUGCGCAUGUAAUAUUCGAAGCCGAUCCCAACAUAUAAAUCAAAAUGCCUCUCUGCACGCUGCACUUACUGGCGCUCCACGCCACAACGCCAAACUAUGUCUUGACAUUUCUUUCCACGCUCAAAGCAACCGACGUCUCGCCUCUAGUCGUAUCCCAUGUCGUCCGCUGGAUCAUUCUCCCGUCUAAGCUCUCAACCGAACACCUCCUCGCUCGAAACAUCCACUGGGACCUCCUCCUCAUCUUGCCUUCCACAGACGUUCUGCCGUCAAAUCUCACCAACCUCAUCGAGCAUCACUGGAGCGUGGCAGCCGGUGUACCGUCACGCUUAAUCAACGAUUUUGGCUCAAAGAACAACAAACUUCUACAUCCAGAUCCCCAAACGGUACCUGCGCUUCAACAAAAUGUCAAAGAGAAAACGACACAAUCGAGUCAAAGUUUGGAAUUGAGCGAGGAGCUGGACAUGUGGAUUCAAUCCUUUGUCAACAGCGGUUCCAAAGAAGCAAAAGGCGCGGUCUCAAUGUUCAAUCUGCUUGCUUUCAACCCUGGUAUGAAGGAAGAGUAUCUCAAAUACGGCACUGCGUUUGCACGUUCUAUUGGCUCUAGGCACGGCGGUAACGCAAAGAUUGUCGGGAAUGUCACGCACGUCAAGGGCGCACCUGUCGAUAGGACAUCCGCAAAUUCCAUCGGCAACGAUGACUGGGAUGAGAUUGCGCUAGCGCAUUAUCCCAGUAUACUGCAUUUCAGGGACAUGCUGGUUAGUGAGGAGUAUCAAGUGGUCAACAAGAGACAUCGUGUACCUAGUCUGAAAGAUACAUGUAUUUUGAUGACGAGUGAGAUUGCGAUAGAAGGGAUGUUGGAAGAGGGCGUGGGAAAAGCGAGAUUGUAGGUACCAAAGCGCUCUAUUGCUCUAUACACCUAUACGAGAUGCUAUUGAACGGGUGUAGAUAGUGUCGAGCCACGAGUCUUACUAUGGGGGAGGCGGACUACCUUUGCCUUCACCUUCGCGAUGUCGAUAGUAUAGGAGUGGUAGAAUAUCUAGGGCUUGAGAGGUGUACUAGAAUGAUUGAAAACCUAUUGAAUUGGAUGUCCCUUCUACUGUACAGGAAGCCUUGCUCUUAUAUCAGGGUUUGGGUGACAAUAGUUUUGCUCAGGAUUGCUUGUAGCCC